GAAUAUGUCAUCACCACUGCACUUCCAUUCAUUCAUUGGUACUAGCACACAUUCAUGAAAUUACAAAAAUGCAUGUUGGUUUUGCUGCUUCGCUAUAUCACAAACAUAACACUGACGUCUCACCAUAUUGGUCGGGGAACUGAAACCCCGAAGUCACGGUACUGCUGUACUUACAAAUUAUGGGUCACAUCUGCCACAUCCAAUGUGGACGACACCUUUCCGUUUUUGCAGCCAACCCACAUCCCCCGCCUCCUCACACAGUAACAGCCACAGUGCUGCUUGUCGCUUUUGGGCUUAUUUCGCAGUGACAUUGGGGAGAGCAGAGUGCGCUGACCCGCUGCACCCUCCUGGACUCCAUAAAUGCUGGUGACCACUCCGCUGCGGGCGUCAUGACAGCGGUGUCCUGUCCCAGCAAGAUGGCCCCAAUCAAAGCCCUCACCAUGAAGGACUACGAAAAUCAAAUCACCGCGUUCAAGAAGGAGAACUUCAACCUGAAACUGCGCAUUUACUUCCUGGAGGAGCGCAUGCAGCAGAAAUGCGACGGCUCCACAGAGGACAUCUUCAAAACGAACAUCGAGUUGAAAGUGGAACUGGAGUCUCUGAAAAGAGACUUGGCAGAGAAGCAGGAGCUGCUCGUGUCCGCGUCCAAAGCGUUGGAGAGUCUGGCCGGUCGAGAGACGGGAGAGCCGCAGCGCAUCAGAGAGCAAGCGCAGCGAGACAUGGACGCGCUCCGAAACUCGCUCAACCAGAGGAUCUCCGAACUGGAAGAAUGUCUGCGAACGGCCGAAGAUGAGGUGGAGAAGAUGGCGGCCAUCGCUGAGCAAGAGAAGCUGAAGAACAUCAACAUGGAGAAGCAGCUCCAGUUCGCGGGACUGCCCGACCCCCCCUCGCCCGCGCAAGACCUGCAGCUGGCCCUGCAGGAGAAGGACGACAUCAUCGAGCAGCUGAAGAUGACAUUGACCAACCGGGAAGCGGCGCUCCGUCAAAGCAACGACAGGCACAGAGAGAUGGACGCGCUGUCAAACGGGCGAGUCAAACAGCUGACGGAGGAACUUGAGGCCCUGAAGGAGCAACUCCUCAAAGAAAAGGACCAAAUGAAACCUGACAACCAGAGCGAGCUUCACCGACUGGAGUCCGUCAACAAGCGGCUGACCGAAGAGCUCACCCAGGCAAGAAGCGCCCAUGAAAACCUGACAAAGACACUGGAAGAAAGUCAGAGCCAAGCCAAGACGCUGUCGGGAAGGCUGGACGAGAGCGAGAAUGAACUCCAAGCGGAGAAGAAAAACGGGCUCAAGCGAGACAAAACCAUCCAAGGGCUCACGCAGGUCCUCAGGGAAAAAGACAAAGAGAUUGCAGAGUUGUGCCAUGAGAUCGAGGACCGGGACGAUGCCCUCGCCAAAGCCAGGGAAACGGCGCACAAGGCCCAGAUGCAAAAAUAUCAGGGAGCGGAAGAGCACCAAAGUCUCUUGACGGCCAAGCAAACGGAGCUGAUCCAACUCCAAGGCGAGCACCACGCCAAGGUGAUGGAAGCCCAGAAGCUGCAGCGGGCCCUGGACAGGAGGGAGCAGGAGCUGGCUGACUUGCAGCAGGCCAAGGAGCAGCUGGAGGUGGAGCUGGAAGACCUGCAGCAGCAGAAGAAGAAGGGAGACAAAGCCUUGAAUGAUCUCAACAACCAAGUGAAAAAGCUAAGCGGCGAGAUCGAGGAGAAGGAGCGUUCUCUGGAGCGGCAGUACCAGGAGCUGUUGGAGCAAACCAAAAGAAAAGUGCACGCCCACGAAGUCACCAUCCAGCGGCUAACGUCCACCUUGGCCGAUAAAGAGCAGCAGUUACAGGAGUACCUAAACACGGUCAAAGAUUUGGAGCAAAACGAGAGUCCAGCGGGGAACGACGGCAUGCUCGCCAAGCUGUGCCGAAGGCUGAAAGAAAAGGAAAAGGCGCUGGAGCAAGCGCUGGAUGAGAGAUUUGCAGCCAUGGAAGAGAAAGACAACGAAAUCCACCAGCUGCAGCUGUCGCUCAGGGAGAAGGAUCGAGACCUGCAGAGGCUCAAGAACUCUCUGUCGCACAACGAAGAAACGAUUAACAAUUUUGACAGCCUGAUCAAGGAGAAGGACGUGGAACUGCAGCACCUCGCAAACACGCUAAAGAACCUGCAGAGGGCCAAGCAAGACAUGGAGGACAACCUGAACAGAUCGCUGAGAGAGAAAGACUCCCUCAUCAGCCAGCUGCAGCUCUCCCUCGACGGCAAAACCAAAGAUUUGGAGGAAUUGUCCGAGUCGGUGCUGAGCCAGUCGCAAAGUCACGCCCGCGACUUGGCCGAGCAGCUGGGCCAGAGGUUAAAGGUGAACGAGGCGAUGCUGGCCGAGGCGGUGAAAGCCAGGGAAAGGCUCGUGGCCGACAACGAGGGCGCCGUGCAAGGACUGCUGGCAACCGUUCGGAGCAAGGACCAACUCAUCAAGGAGUCCGCCGAGCACUACAAUCGCAUGCUGUCCGAGCGUUCCCAGGAGAUUCAGGAGCUGAGGAGGCAGCUGUCCGAGCGGCAGCAUCAGCUGGCCGCCGCUGAGAGGCAAAACUCCACGGCGGCCCAGAAGGACUCUUUGGAAAGCGCAGAGCUCCGAUUCGUCCUCAGUGAAAAAGACGCCGUCAUCGACAGGCUCCUCCACUCUGGUCGGGACACGGAGCACGACGGGGAGCCAGAUUACGUGCUGGAGCUCAGACAAACCAUCCAAAUCAUGCAAGAGAAGUUGGCCGAGCGCGAAGCUGAGCUCUCCAGGAGGAACAGCGACGACAGCUCGGAAAACAUUCCAGUUUCCAAGAAGACCGUUGUCGUUCUCAAAAAAGAGCUGGCACAGAAAACGGAGGCUCUCAACAAAGCGCUGAAGAGAGAGAAUGAAUUGAAGAUGUCUUUGGCCGAGCUGCGAGCGUCGCUGGCCGAGCUGGAGGGCCGCGGCGAAGGCCAGGUUGCCAAUAUCGAGUCUCUGACCGCCACCCUCGAGACCAAAGAUGAAAUCAUCCACGUUCUCCAGCAGCGCCUCGGCCAGCAAGGCGAUCGGGUCAUGGAUCGAUCGCCAUCGGGGCUCCCGCAAAGAGAGAGCACCAUGAUUGGCGGAGACAGCCAGCAAGAAGUCCUUCCCACCCUGGUAGCUUUGCAGCAGGAACACGAAGCGCUCAACAAAGCUCUGAGGGCCGAGCAGCAGCUCUACUCCAGCCUGGUCAGGACUGUGAAGGAGCAGGACAGUGCCCAACGUCUUCACGCUCUGCAGCUGGAGCUGACGGCGGUGCAGCUCCUCAGGCAGCAGCUGGAGGACGGCGUCAAAGCCAACGAGGAGCUCAGGGACGACUUGGAGAGAGAGCUCGACAGAGCCAAAAUCAGAGAAGGCGUGAACGUAGUCGACCCCAACGAACUGGAGAGCGUGCGGCACCAGCUGGAAGAUGCCCAGCGCUGGAAUGCCUCUCUUCAGGCCCGUUUGGGGGCCAUCCAGAACCGCGGCGGUGGAGUGGGCGGCGCCAUUGACAGCCGGGACUCGCUGAGUUUCGUCGGGGACCAAACGUCUUACAUGAGCAUCUGCGUGGGUGAGGCCCAUGACGACAGUUCGCCGCAGGAGCUCAAGCAGAAGGUGCUGGAGCUGCAGGAGCGUGUCGGCAGGCUUCAGGCUCUAAACGUGGAGCUCCAGAACAGGUUGGCAGCACAGGAGAAGGCCGGCCAAGAUGCUUUCAACAAGGAGGACCGAAACCUGGCCAGCAGUCGUCCGUGGAAACAGCAGCCAGACAGCGCAAGCAUUACGGAGGCGCCGCCUGCAGCUCACCGGACGUGCUGCUAUCAAGACCAAGCGAGUCAGACAGACUUCCCACUCGUGCAGCUACUUGGGAAUGAGAGUGUGGACGGCGGCCUGGGCCAGAGCAGAGAGAAUGCUCAGUCUGCCUCCACCGCAGAGAGCCAUUCUGAAAAAAGUCUGGCUUCACCACUCCUGCACAUAAGAGAGGAAGUCGGCAGGCUCACGGCUGAAAACGUUCAUCUGCGAGGUCUGCUGAAGGAACAAAAGUCCAGCGAGCACAAGGAGAAGGAGAGCACAGACGCGUCGGGCGACAGCAGCGACGGGCAGACUGAAUUAAGAGGCGGUCGGGAAAGUUUGCAGGAGGGCGCACCCGCCACGGAGGAAGUGGCAACUCCGCAAGAUGGCAAGAUUCCAAAACACAAGGCCUGUCUCAAAUCUCGCCUGCCCGUUCCGAUGAGGCCGAGACCGGAAGCUUGCAGCGAAGCGGACGCGGUGCGGCGGCGACCCGACGCUGAGCAGCGAUCCGCUUCGAACUCCCCGGCGUCGUCGCAACCGAGCGCCGGCCCUUCUUCUUCCUUCGAACGUGCUCCCGAUAGCGGCUGUCCGUCCACGUACACCCCGGACGACACUCAGGGCCACGCUGGUCUCUUUAACCAGCUGGAGCUCCUCCACCAGGAGUGCCAGGAGAAGGAGGCCUUGAUCAACAAGCUGGGCGAGCAGCUGGCCGAUUGGGAGGAGCUCCGCGCGCAGCUCCAGGACAAGGAGCGUCUCAAUAGCCAGUACGCCGAGGCCUUGCGAGCCGCCGAGUCCACCAUUGCCUACCUGACCGCCUGCAGUCUGGGCGGCCAGGGUGGGUCCGGACAGGGAGCGGGCUCCGCUUGUAUGGGCUGCGAUGGCAACUGCCUGGAUUCACAGAGAGCGCUUCAGGAAAAGGAGGAGCUCAACAAGCAUCUUGCACGACUUUUGAACUUGGCAAGGAAGCACCUUUUGUUGGCAGACAGCCAGGGAAAGCAGGAGGAAAUCAAAGAUCUCUGUUUGAAGAUAGAGGCAGCCAACGCCUCCUCAGAUGAACCCAACCCAAGAGGGGUCUUUGGAGGACCCGAGGGUUCGGCGCACGACGACUCGUCUUCCGCAGAGACGGAACCUUUCCGAGAAAAUGAGCUGCGGGAUCAAGACGGGAAAAGCGGAAGUUCUGAUCCAACUUCAAGUCAGAAGAUGACCAAAGUUCUUGUGAAAUGCCUUAGCUCAGCGGAAUCCGCGAUUGCUUCUCUGGCUGCCGGCUGUACGAGCAGCGGCUCGUUCAGCGAGCCCGACCUGCAGCGCCACUUGGACAACCUUCAGCGAGCUCUACAAAACAGACAGCGACUGCGGCGCCCGACUCGGCCAAACGAGGAACUCCUCAAGUCGGACCUCCUUGGCAACCUGAAAAUUCUCUCCCGGGUCCUCGGUGAUCACUCGCAGAGGAUUUGCGAGCUGGAGGCCUCCCUGCAGGAGGAGCGCACCCGUAGGGAAGAGAGCGAGGCCCACGCCGUGCCGCCGGACACCAAGGGCUUAGCGCCUGGCGUUCAAGCUCAGCUAGAGACUCUCCACAAGGCGCUGAGGGAGAAGAAAAAAGCCUGCAAAAACCUGGAGGAGAAAUUGGCUCAGUCCACACCGAAUAACGCGGUGCAAAAAGCUGUGGAGCAGGAUGACAAAGGUGUGCAGGUGGAUUUGCAGGACCUGGGUUACGAAACCACGGCCAAGAGCGCCAACGAUAGGGAAGAGAGCAGUAGCUCAGACCUCGAGGUGGGCGUCAAAGCGAGCGGAAGCGCCGCUAGUCUCCCUUCGCUGCUGACUCGUGAGCAGGCGCACUUUUCCUCCACUGAAAAUCUGGACUCGGCCUCCAGCACACCGUACCCGAGUUCCCCCUCCUUGAGCUCGGCCAAGGUCAGCCUGAAAAGCCUUCAGACCUACGAAGACUACGGCCUCUCCGAGGACCCGCUACUGCUCCAGGCGCAGGUGCGAGAGUUGAAGGUCCAGUUGGAAAGACAAGCCAGACUCGCCCGCCAGAUGCAAAGGAACGCCGUUGACCCGGUGGGCGGCCACCGCUCCGACCAGCUGACCGAUCGGGACGGAACACAGAGCCGUCCCGCCAGGCCCGGUAGGGAGCAGACGCGUGACGGAGAGCCCCGGGCCACGAGCGGGGAAACCGAUGAGGCGGAAAGAAAGACAAGCGCCAAGGGGCGUAGCCGCUCCACAUCGCCUGCCAGCCUGGACUCCCUGGUGCAGUCGCAAGCCAGGGAGCUGUCGCAGCUCAGGCAGCAGCUCAAGGAGAGCCGGCGACUGGCGGGCCUUCAGCGCCGACAGACGGCCGAGCUGAGGAGGGCCUUCCAGGAGAUGCUCCGCGCCAGCCCGGCCGAAGGCUACAUGAACGAGGUGCUCAAGGAGCAGCUGGACAAGAGCCUGAGGAUUCUGGAUCGGCUGGAGGGACGCCUGGACAAAGGAGAGACGCAUCGUGAGAAUGAAGAUGUGGCGGCUCUGGAGCUUUCUCGCAGUGAACGGGGGCUGGCGGACAGCCCCGCCGGCCCGGUCCAGCAGGAGCUGGAAAAGCUGCGUGCGGAGCUGGAGGCUGAGAGACAUUGGCUGCGGAAACAUGUCGGUUGCCUGCUUGGGCAAAAUAUCGCAGUGACCGAGCGCGCCGGCGAGCGCUUAGACGCGUUGGCCAAAGAACUGCAGGAGAAGAAUUGCCUCAUCCAGAGCCUGCAGAGUCAGCUCCGAGUCCAGAGUCCCAACAGCCCCCACAGCGGAAGGUCCUCCAUUCACGGCAGGCUGCCCACGCAAGGAGAAGGAGCCGAGGUGGCGGACGCGUCCGGCGACCGACUUUUGCUCCUGCAGAGGGAGAACCAAGUGCUUCACCAGCGUCUGAGGGGCAGCGAGCAGCUCAACGUCAGCCUGCGCGGCGAGCUGGACCUGCAUCGUUCCGUCAUGGCCCAUCAUCAGGAACGCCACGAGGCGGUCGACUCGGCGGCAAACGCCUCCGCGGACACGCCGGCCGUCAAUUCAGACCUGCUGGCCGAGCACCUCGAGGAGAUCCGAGCUUUGAGGCGGCGCCUGGAGGAAAGCAUCUCCACCAACGACCGCCUGAGGGAGCAGCUUGAAAGGAGGCUCGCCGAGGUGGAGCAAGACCCAGCGGCCACCAACAUCUUCAUCCACGGCGGCGAGGAUCAAGCUCAGCUGGUCAACGAGCUUCGCUUCUUGCGGGGUCAGAACCAAGCGCUGAAGGAGCAGAUCAACCUGGAGUCCAAAGACAAACAACGGGAGGGCGAGCGACUGCGGGAGAGCCUGGCCAGACGCACGGCCAAGCUGGAGCAGAACAGGAAGGAGAGCGACCUCCUGAGGCAGGAGAACGUCAGGCUGCGGGAAAAGCUGGAGCUCGGCGCUCGAGAGAACGCCAGGCUGCAGGAAUCGCUGUGCGCUGGCGAGGACCAGCUGCGCAGUCUGCAGUGCGAGGUGAAGCUCCAGCGACAGCACGUGACCGACUCGCAGCGCCUCUUGCAGUCGCUGCGUGUAGAGCUGCAAGUUCGCGAGAAGAUGGAGACGGCGGAGCAGAGUCCAAGCGUCGGCGCGACCGAGGAUCCCGGCGGCGCGGCCGACCUGUCCGAGCUGCUCUCGGAGAUCCGCCACCUGCGAGUGCAGCUGGAGAGGAGCAUCCACACCAACGGCACCCUGCGACAGAGGCUGGAGGAGCAGCUGUGGCGAGGGCCCGGCCGCUCCGAAACCAUCAACAUCAACUACCUACUCUCCUCCACCGGUCAUCUGAGCCCAGAUGAAGGGAGCGCGUCGCCCGGUCGCCAAGGCGCCGACGCUCCGAUGCGCUGCGAGGUGGACGGCGAUGGCAGCACGGGGGGCAGCACGGGGGGCGGCGGCAGCAGCAGCAGCUCCGGCGAAAGCGUGACGGGCGCUCCCUCCCGCCUGGUGCCAGGGGACCGCCUGUGGGCCAACCGCAAUGGGCGCCACAUUUUGGCGCUAGUGGAGGACUACAGCGCCCUCCGCAGGCUCAUCUCGGAAGGACGCAAGCUGGCACGCGGCAUGGACGUCCAGCUGCGUCGCUGUCUCAACAAGAUGCCGGACGAGGAGAGCGUGAAGCAGCUGUCGGGCGACGUGAGCACGACGCAGCAGGUUCUGGACGAGGCCGCCCGCCUGCUCAAGUUGGUGUGGAGAGUCUCUCUGCCGCUAGGGGGCGCCAUGACGGCGGCUCACAACCAACAGGACGAUCUGAAGAGGGAGAUCUCGCGUCUGAAGAGUAGAUUGUCCCAACAGGACAGAAUGCUGAGCGGAGCUGUCAAACGCCUGCGCACCACCAACCAGCUCAAGGAGGGCAUGGAGAGGGUCAUCAUCGACCAGCUGUCGCUCACCCACGGCGUGUUAAAGAAAGCCCGUGGAAAUUUGGAGAGAACUCACUCUUACCUCCUUGGCCCACAAGGCCCGACUGGAGCGCAAGGAGGUACCUGUAAAUGGCCAAUAGCAGGAGUCGAAGUCUACUCCUCGGACGAGCUGUGAUCACGCUUCCUGGUCCUGUCCGGUUGUCACCUUAACCCAGUGUUUCCCAACUUUUUUUCAUUCACGCCACACCUUUUCAUUGGAAAGAAUCUCGAGGCACACCACCAACAAAAAUCUGUUAAGUGUUA